CGGGGACAGCAGAGGGGGGGAUUAUGGGGACGACAGACGCGGGGAUUGAGACUGCGGAGGCAAGAAUGGGGACAGCAGAGGCAGCGAUGCGGACAACAGCACCACAACCCCAACCACGAAAAGAUGGAGACCCAGCAGAACAACAGAACCAGAGCAGUGCUCAGAUGAAUGUAAGCAGCAGAAGUCCUAGCAAAGCGGUGAUAGAUGCUAAAAUGAUAUCUACUCAAUCUUCAUCUCACCAACCUAGACCUGAAGAACCUAGAUCAGAACACGAGACGCAGAAUGACUUUACAUCGCCCACGACGAUGUCUCCUACAAAAUCUCCCAUGCCUAGACGUGCAGCAGGUGCACACUACUACAAGCGGUCUGCGGUGUACAGCUCAACAGGCCGGUCUCGGAAGACCACUGGUGUCAUACCUCCAGGAGUAGAGACAACACUAGGCGGUGGGGAAACAACCACUGGUGUCAUACCUCCAGGAGCAGAGACAACAAUAGGCGGUGGGGAAACAACUACCGUUGUAGGAGAUACUACGGCCGCACUAGAGCAGGGAGGAAAAACGAUCAUAGGAGAUACACCAUCUUCAAUAGGGGUAGUACGGGUAGGGGACACAACAAUAGGAGGAACAACUUCGACUGCAGAAGUGGUUGCACGACCUGCACCCACGUGUGUCGAAGAUUUCAGUCAUGAUCUGGAACACUCAGAUGUGCAACACCUACUUACAGACGGUAGUUCCUAUGAGCAGAUCCCGUUGUCGUCUGAGAGUGAAGAGAUAGACGCUGUGUUUGAACGUGCUGCGAAAGAGAGUGGACUUGCACUUGCUCGCAAGCACAAGGUUGAAAAUCAACAUCAGUUCCAAGAAUAUAGUGGGCCUCCAGCACUCCAGAAAAUAAGUUCCAAGGCCUCCACAGCAGCAACCUGCAACGAGGAAGAUGGUUACGAUGCCAGCGCAUCCGCGGAUUCACAAGCUGAAGAAGGUUCAGACGAAUCUGCUGGCAUCAAUCAGCAGCUUGAACCAAUCAGCAGCUCUCAGGUCCAGGAACGCAACAAGGGGUCACUGCUGAGAGCAGGGGAUGAUCAGUUAGAAAAGAUGAUAGGCCUAUCAUCCAUCGAAGCAGCAGAAGGACAAGAUGUAGUGUCACGUUCACCAAAAAUGGGUGAGCAGUACCAGAAUUCGUGGGAUGAACAAGAGCCAUGCCUUACACCUCGAAUGCGAGCAGAAGUAGAACAAAGUCUAUGCAGUUUGGUUUCUGGGAGUAGAAAAAAGGUACCUUUCUAUUCUUUGGUGAAGAUGAUGUGAUCCCUAUUGAUUCACUGAAAAAGAGUUGUUCAUGCUGAGUUAGUUGUCUUGUCCCUUUGAGAAGCAAUGCCGGAAUCUUUCGAAAUGAUGUUUUUCGGGAAAGACCACAAUGAAAAUCCUUUGUCAUGGAUGCGUACGGAAACAAAAACUAAAACACUUUACAAUCAGAUACCCGAACUCCGCGUUGAGGUUCAAGCGCAUGUUUGUGGUGUGCGUUCUGUAGAGGUGGUGACCGCUUUGAUGCCCUUGAUCUUCGGCGAUCAACGUUUCGCUAAUGCUGUUCAUACUGUCUGGGCCUUUCGCGCAUCAGACGUCGAGGCCAGAUCGUGUCAUGCGGUGGGAAGCAAGCUGCUAGACAUCAUGAGGCACAAAAGCGAGUACGAAUCGGCUGUAAUUCUGGGAACAGUCCGACGCAUAGGCAUGUAUCCACCUUUGUUUAGGAAUGAGGUUGUGGAACUACUUGAGUCGUUUUGGAAUCAAUGGGAUGGUUUCGGCAUGUAUGUACUUCGAAUAGAUAUGUCACUUUUGAGUAAUGGUAGAUCCCUGGGUCGUGCUGGAUAACCAGCGUUCGUGCUGGUUUCGUUGUGAGUACGCCAAAUCUCUUGAAAACAAUACUCUAAUCUUUCGCAGACGGUAGUCUCAGAUGUCCCUGCGAAUGUGAUUCCCCAUGUCUUGGCGCAAGUACGAGAGUUAUUGGACGAUAUCAUAGGCAAAGAGGACAUCGUCUUGCGGAGAAAGCAGUUCAGACAGGCGAAGAUCCCUUUAUGAAUCCACAUCAUGUUUGAAAGUCCUGUGUACUAAGAAGUGUCUGUGGGAAGCGAAAGAUGAAGAGAAAUGAUAAGUAGACGUCACGGUCGUGAUGACAUCUAAAGAUUGUCCCUUCCUUGCACUUUCUCUAAUCUCACACCCAAGCUCUCAAACAAGAGCAAGGAGUAAGAGCAACGUUUCUGGAACAAGGCGCGACCACUUAGGCGGUUGUAAGACAGAACAAGGGGUAGCAGCGAGACCGGGAUUACUAGCACCCCUAGAUCCUUCUACUAGAGGCUCCAGGCGGAGGCGGAACAGCGAGGGUGCGGAGGAGUCAAUGCGAGAUGGGAGAUCGACUAGCAAAACGCAACAACACUUGUUAUGCCUGUACAACAAAAAGUUUUUGUUUUCCGAUGGAUAUCUAUGAUACUUUCCUCAUCUAAUUUCCGACUUGAACGCUCUACCCGAAGUGGAGAAAGCACCGAAACGGUCGAAAUAUUCGAAGAGUCAUUUCAAGUAUGCGAUGGAAGGAGCAGAAGCCUAUGACCCAGACAGUUUCCUUGAUCGCCUCUUCGAGAAACCGGACAUGGAUCAAAUGAUUGUUAUGAUUUAAACAACAAGCACUGUAAGAAUACAACUUGUGACUCUACAACUUCUGUGUCGAGAAUGAUCAUGAUGUAGCAGAGCUGUCCUCGUCAGCCUCCCAGUUGUUUCGAACUAACUUGGUCGUCCGUCUUCUAUUCUAAUACGAUGAUGAUGAUGUAAACCCACCGAUCGGGUGGGGCGGGAUGCCAUCUCAUCCCUGCAGCCGUCUUUACUUUAUCUAUCAUAGCUCUUAAAUUUAUCUCUCGUAGCCCCGAGAAACAUUUCUAAUACCCUGAACGAGGAAGUACUGCAGCAUUUCACCAAGGCGGACUUGGAGGCCCUGCAGGCGCUGCGGCAACCGCAUGCUCUGGUCGAAAAAGUCGUGGUCCUCAUCGGCUUUUUGAAGGAUUGUCACGUGAUAAAACCAGAAAUUUUGCAUCGGUUAUGGCAAGAAUGGCUUCAUAUUGUUGAGUUAUCUAGUGUAUAAUUUUUUCGUUUUUCGAAACUUUAACUUUUUCUAGUAUAUACAACUUUAACUUUUUCGAAACAUAGUAUAAAAAACUUUAACUUUUUCGAAAGAGUGAAGUAAAAAUCAUAAGCCCUCAGAAUAGAAAAAUCAGCCAUGAUUUCCAAGCCCUAAAUUGAAUUGGCUGUGCCACGACCUCUGGUCCCUUCUUUGUGCCGUCUUUGGCCUCCGGUGGAGGUACAGGGUCAUUUGGAGGAACUACGGCGAAGAGCAGCACAAAGGAAAGAGCGACGAUUAAGGCUACCACGGGGACAAUGUCACUUAGUCGCAGAAGCUAUUAGUUGAAGAUAAAUAAAAAUUGGUAGUCCCUCUGUGGCGGCACAUAUUCACCCGAGGAGGCAGGUCAAACUGUGGACGGUGAAUCAAAGCCUAUCCUAUCCUUUGCAAGGUUGACUACGGUGUCUCACACAUGACGUGCCUUCUCAAACACAAUGUUGAUAUUCGUUGACACUUGUUGUAUGAUGUCCCUAUGGAUCAAGAUUUGUUCUAAUGGAAACAACAAUCUAGCCCUCGCCGAUGUCGCUUCCUCAACGACGACAUCCGAAGCCUCUUCAGCCAAGGGGAUGAAUAGCUGUACUACUAGAACAAGACAAAGUGGUAGCAGUGCUCUGGCUGCGAAGCAAGGAGGAGCGGCGCAGCCUUCGUACAAAUCUCCUUGCGGAUUUCGUGGUAAAAACGCUGGCGCAACCAUGUCAGGAGGCUUUUACAAGCAGCAGCAAGGAUAUACCCCGAGUGGAAAUGCAGCUCUCGAUUUACUCGCGACGCGGGGGCAGCGAGAGGCAGAGGCACGCACAAGAGGCGGCACAUUGCACUUAUGCUCCUGCUAGAGGCUAUUAUAUCCGUGAGUCCGAUUAGUAGUCAUUUGUCACCAUUUUUCUUUUUGGAAAUUUUGUCGACGAUUACCAACCUGAUAGAUUUCCUUGUGCUGGUUAGUUUUGUUUGUUCUAGUAUUCUAGUUACAUGCGGCACCACAUAUUAUCAACAUGAAAAUGAGCCUGCCUCUCUUCAUCCCAAGCACGCGAGCAUCUAGGGUCGCAAAUAGCUUCGGCGAGCGGAGUCGCUUGGGCGACCUUAAAAGACCUGGUCUUAACCAAGACACUGAGGAUGGAACUGGUUUUCCUACACCUUGGCCUAUUGACAGAUCGCAAUUACGACGCUGCAGCAGCGUUGGCGGAGUCACUCUCUGUUGGUAUAGAUCCUUGUUUCGCUUCCAACGUCAUCAUAGUUAAGAAUGUCAACUUGGAUUAAGCAUUUCCAAAACAUGCCUCACGAUGACAAAUUACAACACGUCAUGCACUUCAUCUAGCUUCUGUCCCACCUCGUUUUGACAGCCGAGGUCCGUCGAAUCCAACCUGGAGCAGCGAUGUUGCUAGAAUAUGCCCAAGCCUUGUUGUUCGAUGAAGGGAAAAGGCGACCGAGGAUGCAGCAUGCGCUGUUAGACGUGGAGAAUGGGAUACAGAGCAUCUCUGUAGAAGAAACUUUCGCUCUGAAAAAAUUGCAGCAGUCUAGGAAAAGUACAGCUGCGGCUAUUGGCCACUAGUGCCUGCAACAGUUGAUCAUUGAUGAGAACUAGAGCUGCGGCUAUUGGGUACUAGUAAAAGAAAGAUCCGUCCUGUUGAAGUGAAGGAAGCUUUGUGAACCUUUUUUCGUAUGAGGAUUUCAAUUUUUGUCUGGCUAUCUUACAUGCUUGCUAAAAAUGGGUCUAGGAAUACAAGGACCUAGGAAAUGGAUACCCCGUGGAAGAGUUCGCUAAUACUUCUAUUCUGAAUCGCUGAGACCGAUGAAGAAAUGAUUUCUGCUACCAUGAUACUUUUCGCUAAAAUUUCCCUGACUCUUUUGACCAGAUCAUAUGAGAUGAAGGGUAGCCUUGGUGAAUCUUAUCUUUGAAUCCAAUCAACGCGUUAGUGGCUGUCAAUUUACUUGUCACCAACAGUGAUCGCGCAAGAGGUAAAGCAGGUCUAACUAUGAGGGACGCGAAGAAGUUAU